UAGAACAUAGUAAACGAAAAAGAGAGAGGAGACACGGAGGUCGACCCACUACCGGUAGAUUCAUAGCGUGAAAACACUAUAGUGCACGAAACACCUCAAGUGAUCAACACGUGUUAUGUAGAGUAGUUUCGAAAGUGCAAGCGACAACAACAAUGGAACACCACCCUCAACAAUCAACCGACUCUUCGGCGGCUCAACACCAACCCUUGAAUAAUCCUCCUGCGACAGGUAGCAGCAAUGCACAUACUCCCGCUCAGACACAGAAAGCGAGGAUUGCUAAAAUCAAGCAGAAACUUCUACCUGGUGUAAAAAUAACGCUGCUUCUGUCCCUCAUCAUAUAUCUCGCCAUGCUCAUCAUUGGUAUUCUAGGUGUUCACCACUGCCCCGUCGAAGAAAACAUACCCCUCUUCCUCAUAGCUACAGGUGCUAUUGGAUUAAUCACCAAAAUUACAACUUACAUGAGAGAGCAAAUAAUGAGGCAUUUUCAAGUUGGAUAUGUUGAAUCGAGUUUAUACACCAUUGAAAUGGUCUUCCUUAUUUUGGGAGCCUAUUGGGUGUACAAGGAAUAUCCACCGAAAUACGAUCCCAUUUUUGGACGCGCCUACUGCCAGAAGACUGCUUAUAUGAUGGCUUUUGUAUACAUUACAUUUAUAUUUGGAUUCGCUUUAGUAGUGGUAGCAGGAUUUAUCUUUUUCCUUUGUUGCAUUUGCUGCCUCGCAGGUUGUUCUCUAAAAUCUGACGAUGAGGAGCAACCUCAGGGAGGUGCUGCUUAAUUGAGUUUAAAUAUUGCUACUCAGUUUUAUUAUUUAAACUAUUAUUUUGACUGUUGAAAAAAUACUGAUCUGAUUGAAAGUCUGAAAGAUUUACAGUACUGGAAGUGUUUUAAGCUUGGUUACAAUUUGUAUACCUAAUACCUCCUCCUCCUAUGUAAGUGGGCCUUCUCUAUUGAGGUUGGCGAUCAAUAUGGCAAAUUUAUUUCUGUACUGUAUAAUAUACUUGAGUGCAAAGUAGUCGACUCAAAAGCAAGGUUUAAGAUUACACCUCCUGUUUCAAUGUAAGAAGUAUGAAAAUAAAAAUCGGUAAUGUGAAAACAAUACCUUUAUUAUUGACCUUACAAAAACUGCUAUUGCGUUAUUUGGAAUAAUAUGCAAGAACAAUAUUAUGAGAAGAGCACUUGAAGGAUGGGAAAAAGGCAUCUCAAUAAAUGGUCAUAAAAUAAACAACCUACGUUUCGCAGAUGAUACAGCCCUUCUUGCAAAUAGUCAAGCAGAGCUGAUUGAUCUUAUACGACUGGUUGAAAACGAAAGUCAAAUAUUUGGUCUGUAAUUAAAUAUAUCAAAGACAAAGAUCAUGAUAGUGAAUAGACUACAUAACAACCAUCCACAUAUAACCACAAUUGAUCGGUUUGAGGUUGUGAGCUCAUACUUAUAUCUGGGAUCAUUAAUCACAAACACAAGGUCACUACAGGAAGAAAUAAAACGUAGAUGUGAUCUAGCAAAAGUCGCCACAGCAAAAAUGACCACAAUAUGGAAGGACUGUCAAAUUUCAAGAGCGUUAAAGAUGAGGUUGAUCAACUGCUUAAUAUUCCCAAUACUGACUUACGGAUGUGAAUCUUGGACCCUGAGAAAUUCGGAAAGAAGAAAGAUAGACGCCACUGAAAUGUUCUGUUGGAGAUGAAUACUACGAAUUCCUUGGACCGACCAUAGAACAAAUAAUUCAAUUUUAAGAGAGCUAAAAGUUAGCCAACGGCUCUCCAGUAAAGUCCAUCUCCAACAAUUAAAAUACUUUGAACAUGUUAUGAGAGCCAACACAGAAAACAUGGAAAGACACAUUAUACAAGGAAAGGUGGAAGGCCGAAGAUCACGAGGAAGAUCCCCAACAAGAUGGAUCGAUCAGAUUACAGGAAUAUGCAAAAGACCUAUGCAUGAGUUAAAAGAAAUGACCAGAGACAGAGAUCUUUGGAGACGGAUAAUACACGACAUCACGUCGACCACUACACUCCCUCCGGGGGUCAGGAUUGAAGAGAGAGAUGCAAGACGAACAGAGUUUCCUCAAUAUUCACAAUUGGAACGAACGCAUGAACAGAGAAAUCAUCAAUUACAAAAUUAAUUUCUUUUUUUCAGUAUUUGAUAUAACCACCCCUACUCCUAAUAAUUAUACUAUUUAAUCAAUUUCGCAUGGAUCGGAUGACUUUUCUAAUAAAUUCUUAUCAUUAGUCAUUAAACGCAGCUCUCAAUUCCAUUAUUCCCCUGGUGCAUGAUUUCUGUUUCGGACCCUUCGUUUAAGCUCAUCCCAAACAUCUUUUGUUGGAUUUAAGUUGAGCUCAACGCAGGCUAAUUUAUUGUACGUAUACCGACCUCAGUCAGAUAAGUGGUGGUGACUCGUACGUAUGGUAUCGUGCAUUAUCGUACAUUAAAAUAAAGGCAUCACCAAUAAAUGAUGACUGAUGUAACUAUCCGUCGUUAAUCCUCCUCCACGUCCUUCCCAGGCACGAAACCAACUUGGUUUUUCUAUCCAUGGAAAUACCUGCCCAACAAAUACAAGAACCACCUCCAUGUGACACAGUUUUUCAUAUACAACAUUGAGCAAAUCGCUCUCCUGUCCUUCGAUAGACUCAACGCCUCUUGUCGUUACUUUGAUAUUCGUCCCUUUGAUAUUCUACUUCGUCUAAUCGCCUUUGCUUCUGGGUUUUAGUUAGCUUGGGACAUAUAGCUGCCUUUUGUGGUGUCAGGUUGGCUGCUUUCAGUCUUUUUCUGACUGUCCAAAUGCUGGUAACUACACCUCGAACCUCUCUAAACUCUUCUUUGAGAGUAGCACCAGUCAAAUGUCGAUUUCUCAAGGUUUUCGAUACAAGAAAUCGAUCAUCUCUUUCCGUUGUUAUUCGUUUACGGCCUCCUCCUCCUCCUUGUCGACGGACAUAGUCACCAGUAUCUUGGUACUGACACAGCUAAUUGGCUUAAAUUUAGUCAAAUUGCCACGGCCCUAUGGCUCAGGUCUUCUCUCAAUACUGCCACUGCUUGUGCUGCUUUGACGGAGGUGGUAUCAUUUGUAAUGUACUUGCAAACUUCUUAUAAGUGACUUAUGAAUUAGAGUUGCUAUGGAAAAACUCAAUAAUGUGGUUAAGGAUUGUACACUAAAUAUUUUUAAAUUUACACCUUUUAGACUGAAAUAGGAGACGUACCUUCGCAAAAUAAUUUUGGAUGGAUUAUUUUGCACUCAAGAUAUAAAAUUGAAUUCCUUGAAAAUAAUUUGCUUAAAUGUUGAAAUAAGAUCGGAAUAAAUUUUUAGCCUUUCAGUUAGUAGUAGUAGUAGUCUCAAAACAACAUUUUUAUCUUUAAAUGGCGCGACGAGGAAUCUUUGAUAAAUAAUUACAAAUGGUGGUUUUGCGUAAAAUUGAUAAAUGGGUUCCAGAUGGUAACCAUCCUUCUUCUCUACUUUAGAGAUGCAACUUGCUGUAAUUAAUAGAGAAUCUAUUGAUUUUUGGAAAUACUUUUUCAUAUAUUAUAAUGUAGAAAAGACGAAUUCUUUCCAAUGUUCUGGGACUGCAGAAUGGAUGCAAAGAUGCUUUUUUCUGAUGAUAAAUGUAGGUUUUGAUCAAGCUAUUGGUUUCUCCAAUACGUAAUUGCAUGAUCUUUUCUCUUGUGAGUAGCAUUUUCAUAUUCUCACUUGUUAUUAGUUUUAAUUAUUUCAUACCCGUGAUUCGUCAAUUUCGCUCUACUCGCCAAAUCGAUGAGGUUCGUCGGAAUACGUUCAGCGUACCUAUUCCUGGUUAGUUAUUCUCCUUUCAGCAACAGAGAAUGUGCUUAGACGGUAAAAGUGUAUUAUUGUAUUAUCGUCACACGUCGCAAAGCUCGUUAUUCUAAUUACCAACCAUAGAGCACAAAUUUUGUUACACAACUAACAAUACAUCAUGGCGACGCAACAACAUACCGACUCGCAGUAAAACCACCACAUUUUAUUCUUCUUCUUAAAGUCCCUCUCCUCAAUGGAGGUUGGCUACUAUUAUAGUCAGAAAACGAAAUAUUUGUCAGUGAUUCAUUUCGAAGUUCGGAUAAUUGAGUUUAUAUCGUUGCAUUGAAGCGAAAGAGAGAUAGGCUACCCCAGUUAAUUGAAAUAAUACUCGAAAAUAAUAUUCCAACCUACUAAGAUAACUAUCGUUCACCCUGGCUUAGCUCAGUUUCUCAAGGUGUGUGUUCGUCUUGUCCUAAUCUUGGAUAUUCACUCUGAAAAUUUAGAAUGUUAGUAAACAAAACAAUAGUUCAACUAAUCAUAUUUAUUGUUCAAUAAAGAUAAAAUAAAAAUGUGACUUAUUAAAUGCAUUAACAAAUAUAUUCAAAUUCUUGCCAAAAACUUCUGGACACAAUUUCUGGAUUAUACUUAUGCGUGGCUUGUGGUGUUGGUUCGAUGGUAACUUCUUGAUGUCGGAUGGUACAGCUGGUGUCUUUUCAACCUGGGCUAGAUGGUCGGUCUCAGGUCACUGCAGACUGCAGUUCUAGUUGAUUGGUUGGUUGCUGUUGAUUGUUGAUGCAUCCUGUUCUUAUUUGCCUGGAAGUAGCAUCACCGGUGAUGUAUGAGGCUGGAGGCUCCCGAAGGGAGAAAGAUUGAUUUUUUCCCAAAAACCCAAGAGAUCGUCUGUUUGGAAUAAAAUGAAGCUAAUAUUUAAAUUUCAUGUUUUAAAGAAAUUAAUUUUCCCCUCCAUUACUAAUUGCCACUCUCAUUGACAUGACAGCGCAAAGUAUGAGGAGAUGGACAACCAUGUUCCGUAUUAAAAGACAGAUAUCUAGAGAGUGAGGAUAUAUGGAGUACGUUCAGUAUGAUGACUUAGAUGUUAGAUGAAAAGAGAGUUCCUUAUAGAACGGCGCCAAACAGGUUUUAACGGAAAAACAAGUUAAAACGAAUACAGAAGAUGAUUUACUAUUUACUAUGAUUUACAGAAGGAACUAUUUCGUUCCUUGAGUAUAGUUGAGCAUAUUGGUACUUGUUAUUUUUCACGUGGACUAGAUUUUAUGUUUUUCUAACUUUCACUGUGUUAAAAUGAUUCACAUUUCAAAGGCCUCCAAUUUAUUUACGGUUGGUGUUUUAAGGGUCCACGUCUCAACUGCACAGAGAAGAGUCGACCUGACGUGUUAAUUUGAUAAACAUAGUGUAAUUUCGAGUUUUAUAAUCACAUAGCAGUUUUUUGAUUUUUUUGAAACAUUUUGCUGGUCUGUCCUAUUCUCGAUCUUAUUUCUAGAUCAGGAUUUAGACUGCUAUCGAUUUAACGUCUCAGGUACUUAAAUCUAUUGACCUGUUCUAAAAUUUGCCCGUUUAUUGUACGAGGUUGGGGUACAUUUUGGUUUUUUCCGAUUGACAUCGCUUUGGUUUUCUUAAUGUUUAUUUUCAUACCAAAUUGCUCACAGGUCGAGUUGGUCUUGUCGAUGAGUCGUUGUAGACCCAAGUCGGAAUCCGCAAUCAACACCAUAUCAUCGGUGUAUGGGAUGCUAUUGAUAUUUACACCAUUCACCUUGACUCUAUCCUUGGAAUCCUCCAGUGCCUUUUUAAAUAGAAGCUCAGAGUAAAGAUUAAAGAGCAGUGGUGAGAGAACACAUCCUUGUGUAACUCCAUUUACAUUUUAUAUAGUACAGUAUAUUUUGGUGCAUACCGUAUUUGAAUCCAUCCAGAAAUAAAAGAUAUGUCAAUUUGAUAUAAUGUAUUUAUAAAAAACGCUAAUUAUUAUAUUACAACAACUAUGGUAUAUAAAUUGUAACCAACAAUAAACACUUUUAAAAACUCGUAUCAAUUAUACAAAAAAAUAUGCGCUAUGAGGCUAUUAUGAUUAUGAAUAUAUACAUUUUAAAUAAGUAAACAAUAUUUACCUUUCAAGCAUUAAAGGGGCUAACAAUAUUUAAUAUUAAUGACUUUAUAUUAAAAAUGUAAUGCAUCGCUUCGGUAUUUUUUCAUUUUUUGUUCAUGAAGAUAUUUUUGUAAAUAAAAUUGAUACCAUGUAAUUGUUAUUGAUUAAUAAUGUUAAGUGUUUAUGCACAGACUAUAUAGCUUAUUACUAUAAAUUUUAUAUAACUAUUAUUUUAAGAAUAAAAUAUUUACUAUUA